AUGGAUUUGAAUAUAACAACGAUCCUCCUAUUCCAGAUAGUCAUUGGGAUCCUGGGGAAUUUCUCACUCAUAAUUCGUUACAUCUUCCUUUAUUUCUAUGGAAGUGGGUCACGAUCCACAGACUUGAUUCUCAGGCACCUGACUGUAGCCGACUCCUUGGCCAUUCUAUCUAUAGGAGUCCCCCAGACAAUGCUUGCUUUUGGAUUAAAACAUUUCCUCAAUGAUUUUGGAUGCAAACUUGUUUUAUAUCUUCAAAGGGUGGCCAGAGGUAUGUCCAUCUGCACCACUUGCCUCUUGAGUGUCUUCCAGACCAUCACCAUUAGCCCCAUGCACACCAGAUGGGCAGAGCUUAAACUAAAAGCCCUAAAGUACACUGGUCCCUCCAAUAUACUUUGCUGGAUACUACACAUGCUGGUCAGUGUCAUUUUUCCUAUUUAUGUGUCUAGCAAAUGGAGCAACAAUACCAUCAUAAAUGAAAAUGUGUUGCAAUACUGUUCUACUGAAAAGUAUGACAAUGUCACAUUCUCACUCUAUGCAGCGUUGAUAUCCUCCCACAAUGUUUUAAGUUUGGGAUUCAUGUUCUGGUCCAGCGGCUCCAUGGUUUUCAUCCUGUACAGACACAAGCAGCAGGUCCAACACAUUCAUAUGAACAAAGUCUCCAGAUCCUCUGCUGAGACCAGAGCCAUCCAAAGUAUCUUUGUCCUGGUGAGCACCUUUGUAUUAUCUUAUGCCCUUUCUUCCAUAAUUAAUACUUAUCUGGCUCUUUUUAAUAAUUCCAGUUGGUGGCUGGUGAACAUAUCUGCAUUAAUCAGUAUGUGUUUACCAACAGUCAGCCCCUUUGUUCUCAUGAGCAGUGACUCCCGUGUAUCAAGACUCUGUUUUGUCUGCUAUAGAAAGAAUAUAUAA